GGCCGAUCAGCCCGAACCGGACCGACUGUGACUAGCCCAAACCACCUGCGAUCUGGCGGCUGCUGCUUCCACGCUUCCAUUCUCGCCGUCGCCCGAGAUCGCUAUGGCGGUGGCCGGAGGAACGAAAUGGAGCAUGAUCCGGCCUUUCUUGGUGCUCUUCCUCCUCCACACCCUCGCCAUCUACUUCUUCACCCGCGGAUUUCUUCUCACCCGUACCGAGCUCGACUCCUUCAGCCACUGCUCCGAUCUGGCUCAAUCUCCUUGCUCCCUCCCCUUCCCCAAUUCUCCUUCUGACGCUCCGGUCAAAUCCAAUUUUACGGCAGGUGAGAGACCCAAGGAUCGCGGUUGUUGGACUACGCCUUCGGUAGAUCGGCUCGUCAUCAUCGUGCUCGACGCGCUUAGGUUUGAUUUUGUUGCCCCUAGUACGUUCUUCAAAGAUAAAAAGCCCUGGAUGGACAAAUUGCGAGUGUUACAGAAGCUGGCCUCUGAGGAGGGACUGUCAGCCAGAAUUUUUAAGGCCAUUGCAGACCCUCCGACCACUAGCUUACAGAGGUUGAAGGGAUUAACAACGGGAGGACUUCCGACAUUCAUUGAUGUUGGCAAUAGUUUUGGAGCACCAGCAAUUGUGGAAGAUAAUCUGAUGCAUCAGUUGGUGAAAAAUGGAAAAAGGGUGCUGAUGAUGGGUGAUGACACAUGGAUGCAGCUGUUUCCUGAUCAUUUUAAUAUAUCUUAUCCUUACCCUUCCUUUGACGUGAAAGAUCUUGAUACAGUUGAUAAUGGUGUCAUUGAACAUUUGAUUCCAUCAUUGUACAAAGAAGAUUGGGAUGUACUCAUUGCUCAUUUCCUUGGUGUUGAUCAUGCUGGGCACAUAUUUGGCGUUGAGUCUGAACAGAUGAUAAACAAGUUGGAACAAUAUAACAGGAUUCUUGAGGAAGUUGUUAACGUGCUGAAGAACCAAUCUGGGGCAGGUUCCCUGCAUGAGAACACUUUUCUCAUUGUAAUGGGUGAUCAUGGCCAAACCACUAAUGGUGAUCAUGGCGGUGGUACAGCUGAAGAGGUGGAAACAUCAGUCUUUGCAAUGAGUUUAAAAAGCUCCCCAACUUCAAUAUCAUCUGUUCUGGAUUCAGAUUUCUGCCACCCUGAUUUGUAUGGGAAAAGGUUAUGCAUUGGCAUCUUUGAGCAGCUUGACUUUGCAGUAACUAUUUCAGCUCUCCUUGGUCUUCCAUUUCCUUUUGGAAGUAUUGGGCAUGUUGAUGCUGAACUGUAUGCAUUAAGUGCUCGUACAUGGGAAAGUGAAGGGACAAACACAGAUGGUUGUGAAGUAUUAUCAGAUUUGGCAGCAUGGAAGCAAAACUACUUAAAAGCUCUAUGCAUAAACAGCUGGCAGGUACAAAGAUAUAUUGAUCUCUACUCUACCACAUCAGUUAUCGGGUUGCCUUUGGAAGAUUUAUACCAUGUAGCUCAAUUGUACAGUGAAGCUCAGAGUAGCUGGUCAGAUACUAUGAACAUCAGUUGCUUACAUGGGGAUAUGGGCAACAAUAUUCUGGAUAGUUUAGAUUCCUCUUUUCAACAGCAAAUUGAUGCAUAUUCAAACUACUUACGAAGUGUUUCCAAGCUUGCUCGAUCAGCAUGGACUGAGUUUGAUUUAAGCUUCAUGGGUGUUGGCUUCAUUUUUAUGCUGAUUUCUCUUGGCUUUCACCUAGUAUCAAUUAGAAGAUUGAGCAUGCUCUGUCAACCCUAUUAUGGUGGGAUGGAUGUAUUUGGUAUUCGUUUUAGCCUGGUUUCUGCUUUUCUGUUGGUGGCAAUUCGAGCAGCUAGUUUUCUGUCAAAUAGUUAUAUUUUGGCAGAAGGAAGAGUUGCAAGCUUUCUUUUGUCGACUGCUGGCAUUCUCAGAUUAUGGUGUUCAAUCAGCAACUGGAAGUUUCCAACUUAUGAACUUUUGCUUCUUUUUCUAAACACCAUUAUCAGACAUGGCAUAGUUGCUGGAAUGUUAAAGGAGACUUCUGGUUCCACCUCUUUAUUUACAUUCUACAAAUUUAUUUUCCAUACUGAUGAGAAAGAUCCUAUGUUGAUAGUUUUGACAUACAGUUUACCCAUAAUCUCACUAUCCAUUUUAGCAAUCAUGAUUUCUAGGUUCCUUUCUGCAACAUCUUCUCGGAUGUGCUAUAGAUAUAUCCUCUUUAUUGGAACCAUAUGUAGCUAUGUUCUCAUAUCAUUACAUUGGGUCUCAGAGGGCGGGUUGAUGCCCAGUUUCACAUUUUUGCAAUAUAUUGGGAAGAACUUAGCCCCUCGGCUAGUUUAUGCUAUUGGAUUUGGACUUCUAGUUCCAUCAGUUCUCUCUCAGUUUCUUGUCAAUGGUAUGAAAAAGUCAACAGAAAACCUAUCAAUUUCAGCUCUGGGUUUGGUUUCUUCAUGGAGCUCAACCAUCAUUAUUCUACUGGGAAAGCAAGGUCCUUUUGCUGUUUUGAUUUUUGUAAGCGGAGCAUGGUGUAUAGUAAGAUCAUCGAGGUUAGAAUCCAAGAGAAGGGAUUUGGGAGUCUUGAUCAUUGAUCCUACAACUGUUAUUCAAUGGAGCCUUUUAGCUGUCUGUUUAUUCUUCUACACUGGUCAUUGGUGUGCAUUUGAUGGCUUGCGGUAUGGUGCAGCUUUUAUUGGAUUUGAUCAUUUCAAUAUCAUCCGUCAAGGUUUUCUACUGGCAAUAGAUACUUUUGGUGUCUCCCACAUCCUUCCUAUUCUUGGUAUUCCAUUUAUUGUCAUACUCAAGUUGCAGAAUAGUAAUAAAAGAGUGUCUGUGGAUAAUAUAUUCCUCAGCUUGACUCAGGUAUUCUUAAUUUACGGGCUUAUAACUUCUACAACCACCACUCUGACGAUCGUAUGCGUUGCAAUUCAAAGAAGGCAUCUAAUGGUUUGGGGAUUAUUUGCACCAAAAUAUGUCUUCGAUGCAAUCGGCCUUCUUCUAACAGACGUAUUAAUUCUCAUGGCUUCUCUAUACUACUACUGACAAGGCAUUGCUAUAUUUUGCAAAAACUAAAACAAAAAAAAAACAUUCAGAAAUUUCUUUAUUCACUCUAGAGAAACUAGAUCAGUUAUUAAUUGGAUCAUUUUGUAAGUGAGGCUCCAUAUGAAAACAAAUUCUGAAAACAAACAAACAUUUGUAAAUGAUUUUUUUUUUUCGAAAAGGAAUUUUUGGUUGAUGUUUAUUGUUUUGAUUAAA